AUGAAAUCCACACUUACCAUCCUCGCCCUUGCAUCACUUUCCCAGGUCUUAGCUGUGCCAGCAACCAGUAAAGCAACUGCCGACAAGUGCGUCCCUCUGGAUAAGACCUUCCAACUCAACGUCCCACAUGGCUCGACUCCGCUCUCUCAGAUCAAUUACGCUGGCUUCAACUGGAACAUUCCCAAAGCUGCUGUAGAAGGUACUCUCGUCUCCUUCUUUGGCAAUUUUCAUAAGAACGAUACCACGUCUUCUCAAAUCACAACUGUUACAAAUUCCAAUCAAGUUCCCGAUGGAAAUUCUAUGAGCAGUGCUACUGGAUCUGCUAAUGGAACUACAAUUGUCACCACCACAUUUGCAAGUGGUAAUGCAUCGAGUGCUGCGGGUGCUGCUCAAGAUACAACGAGCGAUAGCUCUACUGCCUCGACCGGCAAUGCAAACUCGACCGCCAUUGCCAAUGCAGCAGGUCAAGUCACUAUUGUAACAAACGCGACAGUAGCAGACGCAUCAAAUGAACAAUCCGUUCAAAAUGAGAGAAAAGCCGCUGCAGCUACCACUUGUGCAGCAGACAACGAUGGAGCAAGCGCCUCUGCGGAAGAAAUCAGCACAGUCACUUUCACUACUGCCAACGGAACACGUAUUGAGAGUAAUGCUUAUGCGGCCUGUUCUGCUGGUGUGCUGGCACCUUCGGCAGCUGGUAGUGGAAGCAGCUCUUCUGGAAGCCAGGCAAGCGUCAGUCAGGUUUCUGCCAGUGUUACUUGUAACGGCACAACGACUACUGUUGUCGAUGACGAGACCCACUAUGCUAUUACAGUCAAGGGUACUUACUGCCAGAAUUCGGGCUUCUCGGGUGCUAUCGCUGGACAGAGAAUUGCUUAUGCUGAGGCUGAAUGCUAG